CAAAAUAAUAAAAGACAGUUUUCAGAGCCUAUAAAUCGUAAAGAAAACCGCUUUGUUCAUGCAGAAGCAAGCAUCGACGACACCUUGGUCAGGUGUGAGGUGAUAGCAUUAAUCUGGACAUCUUUGUUCCUUCUUCAUUCAACUGUUGGGAUUGUGAAGAAGAAGGAGAGGGAAGAAAUGAGUACUCUCUUUCUCUUCAUCCUCCUUUUAACGCUCACUGUAAGCAUAAAUGUUGCUUACGGUGGGGGGAACUCACAAGAUCAAAACCCCUUCACGCCAAAGGCUUACGUCUCACGUUACUGGGAUAGACACGUCCGCAACACCUUCCCAAAACCAUCCUUCCUUCUUUCCAAAGCCUCUCCACUCACCGCCGCCGACACUGCCUCCUUCACCAACCUCGCCGCCACCAACACUCUCUCCACUCGCUUGCCAGAGUUCUGCUCCGCUGCGCACCUACUCUGCUUCCCGGAGGUCCGUCCAAGCCUCCAGAAACACACCGAAGACGAGAAUUUUCAAACCUACGACGACGGCCAGAAUUUCACUAACUACGGAACGAAUAGAGCAGGUGGAAUCGACACGUUCAAAAACUACUCCAACGGUCUCUUCAGCACUCCGGUCAACGAUUUCCGCCGAUACAGCCGCGGAGCCGCUGGUCACCAAGAAACCUUCACCGGCUACGCCAGCGACACAAACGUCGCUGACCAGAGCUUCAACACGUACGGCACCAACACGGCCGGAGGCUCCGGCGAGUUCAAAAAUUACUCCAGCAAUUCAAACGUCCCCAACUUGCGAUUCACCACCUACUCCGACUUCACCGCUGGGAGGACACAGUCGUUCUCUAGAUACAGCGAAGACGGAAACUCAGGCGGGCAGACAUUCCAGAGCUAUGGCAAGAAUUCCGCCGGUGCUGGGAACGAUUUUACUGGCUACGGAACAAACUCCAACGUUGCCACGUCUGGUUUCACGAACUACGGCAAGGGAGGCGUCAUUCCCAACGACACCUUCACCAACUAUGGCGUGGAUAUGAACGUCCCUGAAAUAACCUUCAAGAGUUAUGCAGACGGAACGCACGGUGGCAGUGAGAGUUUUGCCAACUACAGGGACCAGUCCAACGUUGGUGACGACUCCUUCCAAUCCUAUGCUAAGAACACCAAAGAAGGGACCCAAGUGGAUUUCAAAAACUACGGCAACUCCGCCAACCCAGGUUCCGACACUUUCAAAGGCUACGCCAAAGGAGCAGAAGGGGAUCACAAGGUUGGCUUCACGGGCUACGGCGUUAACACGAACGCUACCUUUAAGGAUUACGCCAAAGAGGGUGUUUCCUUCGCUUCUUACAACACCUCUUCUUCUUCAACUGUCGGUGGCAGUUUGGUGAAAAGGUGGGUGGAACCGGGUAAAUUCUUUCGAGAGAGCAUGCUGAAGGAAGGAACCGUGAUGGCCAUGCCAGACAUAAGAGAUAAAAUGCCCCAAAGAUCAUUUUUGCCCCGCUCUAUUCUGGUGAAAUUGCCUUUCUCUUCUUCAAAGAUCGAGGAGCUGAAGAGCGUGUUCAAGGUGUCUGAUAACUCCUCCAUGGAGAAGAUGAUGAUGGAGUCUUUGGGUGAGUGCGAGAGAGCACCCAGCGUCGGAGAGAUCAAACGUUGUGUGGGGUCUGUCGAGGAUAUGAUUGAUUUUGCAACCUCUGUUUUGGGCCGCAGUGUCGGGGUUUGGACCACUGAAAACGUAAACGGGUUCAGUAAGAAUGUAAUGGUGGGUCGGGUCAAAGGAAUGAAUGGUGGCAAGGUAACUAAAUCCGUGUCCUGUCACCAGAGCUUAUUCCCUUAUCUGCUUUACUACUGUCACUCUGUUCCUAAGGUUCGGGUGUACGAGGCGGAUCUCUUGGAUCCGGAAAGCAAGGCGAAGAUUAACCACGGUGUUGCUAUAUGUCACCUGGACACCAGUGCAUGGAGCCCCACCCACGGUGCAUUCGUGGCUCUUGGGUCGGGUCCGGGCGAGAUUGAAGUGUGUCACUGGAUCUUUGAGAAUGACAUGACUUGGACAAUUGCUGAGUGAUUGGGGAAAGUUGUGUUAGUUAGCAGCGGUGGGAAAUGCAUAUGAAAUGAAAGGCUGUAACCCAAAGUCAUCAAGUUUCUAUUUAAUAAUUAAUCAAUAAUCACUUAGGAGCUUGUGUUUGUUUGUAACGGUAAAUUAUAUGGCUUCCGAGUACAAGCCAAAGUGUUAUUUAUUUAGAAAAACAAACAUGUAUUGUGAUGGCUGUCAAUCAA